AUGACUCUAAAUAUUAUUAGUGGUAGUAAGGGUAGUGGUAAUGAAAUUAGAAUCAAUGGUAUAGAAUCAAAGGGAAAUACGACGGUUACGAAAAACUUAAAUCAAGAAAUUGAAGAUAGUUUUAUUACAAAUAUCCCUUUUUAUUAUACGGAUGAAGAUACAACCACGCUUAAUAACACCAAUUCACCAGUUAAUACUUUGAAGUAUAAGAAAAAUCGCUUGAAUACAAAGAAAAAUAAUAAUCAUAACAAUAAACAAACCUUAUCCACAAAAACAAAUAAUAACAAUAAUCAUUAUAUUUCCUCCAACUUUGCUUCUAUUCAAAUUCCAACUUUUGAACCAUCAGAUAGUAAAGUCACUGAAAAACAAAAUAGUACAAUAAUAAUUGAAAACACACCUGAAGGUGAAAGUAUACGGCAAUUGGUUAAAAACAAACAAUCUUUGAGAAAAAUCCCAGUAACCAAUAAAUUAAUAAAUAGAAUGGAAGAUGCCUUAAUAAAGUGGAAACCACCCCAGUCUUCACAGCCACAGAUAUAUGCUGUGAUAAAUGGAACACAUCCCUUCCAAGAUGAUAAACUACCAGUUCAGGAACAUCCGGAAAGAAGCAAUAAAACCACCUAUCAUAAGGAUAGUUCCAAAAUUAAAGAUGAUACUUCUAGCGCAAGUACGAUAAAUUCUACUUCAACAACAACAAGCUCCUUAUUAGACAUAAUUAAAAACACAAUAUAUAAUCAUAAAAGUUUUAGUUCUAAAACCAAUAGUAACAAUAGUAACAGCCCAAAUAAUAACAAUGCUAACGGUAAUACUAUUAAAAAUAUUAGUGGUACACCACGUGCUGCAUUGGUUGAUAGCCAAGAAUUAAAAGAACUAGAAAAACAAUAUUAUGAAACUUUAAAAAAUAGUAAUAGUAACGAGAAAAAUAUUACAGUUUUGAAAAUACCAAAUUACUAUUUAACUGCUUCUAAAAAUCACACGAUAACAACAACAAAAAAAGUGAACAGUAUUAACGGCAAUCUUGCUGGUGUUUUCAAUGGCGAAAUACAAAAUAAUAUUAACAAUACCGACAAUAAUGCUAACAUUGGUAUGCAUGAUUUUAGGGAUCAAUGGAACUCAUUUUGGCUCCAUUUUUGGAAAGAUUUAAAGAUGGUUUUGUCUUGUAAGUAUGAAGACAACUACUAUUAA